AUUUACUUAAUUCACCACCAACAUCAUCACCACAAUUAUCAUCAUAAUCCUUGAUCAACUUGAAUCUAGUUAAUUAUUUUUCACCUCACUAAGGGUUAUUUAAGUUAAUUAAAUCCUCGUUACCAAACAAAAACAAUGAUUACAACAAUUAAUUGGGUUGAUAAUCAUUUGGAUUGCUAAUCAAACCUUAUAUUACAUAUAUUUACAAGGUCAAUCAAAGGAUAUCAUGUGAUCAAAUCAUCGCUAAUUGUGAUAAAUUAAACAUUAAUCAAACUGGUCAACAAUCAAUUAAAUUUAAUUCAACACCAAACUAAUUAACCUUCUGUGAUCUUCAACAAAACAAUCAAAUCAAAACUGAAUUAGAUUAUUUUUCAAAUAUAAACAAAACAAAAAGAGACAAGGUAACAAUUAAUGAGGAGAAAACAAUGUUACCUAAUAACACUUUUCAUUUGGAAUUAAUCAGCAAUUAGUGAUUAACGAUUUUCGAUCAACAAUUGGAUUAAAACAAUUUAGAAUUGUAAUAAACAAAACAAACUCUUUUUUUUCGCCUUUUCAACGUAAACCAAAAUACUCAAGUAAAUAUUAUCAUGUCUUCCACUUUAAUCGCAAAAAAGGAAAGUUUAAUUCAUAAGAUUCGAGAAAUUGACCUCGAACGAAUCGUGAUCGAAGAUGAAUACGAUGUGGUCAAGGAAAUCGGUUCAGGUGAUUACGGUAAAGUUUGUUUAGCUAUCCAUAAAAAGACAGGUACACAAGUUGCUGUUAAAGCCGUACCCAAGGCGACAACAAGUUUACGAGAUUUUCUAAUAGAGUUCCAUUAUAGUUACUUCCUAUCUCCUCAUCCUGUUAUUUUGGAUACUUAUGAUGUUGCCUUUGAAACAACUGAACAUUUCUGUUUUGCCCAAGAAGUUGCCCCUUUAGGUGACCUUUGGCAGGCAGUGGAACGUACAAAUGGAGCUGGAUUAGAGGAACAGGAUACAAAGAUUAUCAUCGAACAGAUUAGUUCAGCGUUAGAGUUUUUACACGAUAAACAAUUGGUCCAUCGGGAUGUUCGGGCUGAGAAUAUAUUAAUCUUUUCCGUCGAUUUUACCAAAGUCAAACUGACCGAUUUUGGCCUCACCCGUCGAGCGGAAACACUGGUCAAAAAGCGGACGCGAUCACUGCCCACUUGUCCCCCUGAGAUUUGGGAGGCUGUUCAUUUGGAAGGUUAUAAUGUUGAAUUGGGUUCUGAUGUAUGGCAAUUGGCUAUGUUAAUAUUUGCUUGUUUAACGACGCGGUUUCCAUGGGAACGUGCUGAUAUAACUGAUCCUCGAUUUAGCGAAUAUGUGGAAUGGCAGAAAAGGAAAACAACUCGAACUCCCAGAGAAUUUCGUCGAUUUACACCAAGAUUAUUACGAUGUUUUAAACGAAUGAUGGAAAUCAAACCUUCUAAACGUUAUCCAGUUAUCGAAGUUCGUAAAUAUUAUAAAGAUCGUUGGAUACUCCAAAGAGGCCCAAGAGCCUCGUCAAUAGCGAAACUUAAUCCAAGUCAUGAAAGGGGCGAUCAUCAUGUCAAUUCUGGUGUCGGUGUGUCCCAAAGUCUAUCAUGUAGUCAACUGAUGCCAACUCAGGCUCGAUUCCAGGAAUGGAUUAACUCUGGAGGUCCCAGACAAUCAAAUGAUGAUAAUCAUGAAGUUGAAAGGCGAUAUCUUUUAUCUAAUCAAUGAAAAUGAAAACUGAAACAAUCAAAAGUGUGAAAAUUAAAAAUUGUUACCAAUUAAAUCAAUUAUGAUAAAUUAA